AUGAAAACGAUCUGGCAGCGACCGAUGGGACCCGAGAUUGACAUCAUUCCUCUUGCAAAGCUGCAGACUUUGAAAGAGAAUACAGAAAGCUCAGAGCAUGCCCGGGUACGGCGGACCUGUGAAACUCAGACAUCGCCAGCUAUCCGCAGAGUGGUUGGGGGAUCUCGUCGUGUGAUUGCCCAAAAUAUUGGGCCCGAAGCGGGUGUUAUUAUGACAAGGACAGCUAGUCGGUCAUCGAAUGGCACCAUGAACGGCAUGCAGCAAUCUUUCGAUUGGAUGUCGCUUGAUGAUCAAAGCGAUAGCCUGUCGAUUGGAGAUCGAGGUGAUUAUCGUGACUACAGUCGGGAUUUUGGACGAUCACCGCGUCAGUUUCCUCCGUUUCCCACCAUGGGGACGACGUCUACGAUGUCGACAGCUCCUUCUGCAGAUUCUCUUCCACCACGAUCAUCACGGUCGUCGAGUCCGCCAACACAGAAGCGUCAGUUGUUCCCCACAAACACGGGUCCAAAAAAGUCCACGAACGCUGGUGGUUGGGCUAAAGAAGCACCUAAACAACCUUUGUCAGCACCAGACAAUAAGCAGCUCAAGAAAGAAUCCCCAGCAAUUUUCAAGCUUAUCCAAGGAUAUAUGGGUGACAGAAAAAGCAAGACGCCGAUCGAUCAGCAAGCGUUGACCUUGUGCGAGCUUGGGCUUUCAAAACAAGAGUGUGCAGAUGAGGCUGUGGCUCAACUCAUGCAGCAGCUUACGGAUAAUGAGCGUCCAGAUAGUGUUAGGCGCGGAUGGGAGCUGUUGGCGAUUAUCCUGAAUUUCGUUUCGCCGUCAGAAAAGCAGUCCGCGUCUCUAGCAGAGUUCAUUGAUAGGAACUCCGAGAAGAUUUUUGAUAGGCCAGAGGUGGCUGUUUCUCAUUUUGCACAACAGUGCGCAAAGCGGCUGUCCAAGUCACAAAUUCGACCAAAACCUUCACUUGCUGCAGUACAAGAAGCUAGGGUGCACAUAUUCAAUCCUCCACAGUUUUCGGCAUCAUUAACUGAGUUAAUGGAGAUGCAAGCUGAGCGAUAUCCUCAGCUACAAUUGCCUUGGAUCGAGACGACUCUUAUCGAGCUCAUGUACGAGUCUGGUGCUCGAAGGACUGAGGGUUUAUUCAGAGUGCCAGCCGACCCGGACCAACUGAUGGCUACUCGUGCUCGGCUUGAUAUGUUCGUCGUUCCGGUGGUGCAUGAUCCACAUGUGCCAGCUGGUUUGUUGAAGUUAUGGCUGCGACAGCUCCCAGAGCCACUGAUACCACACGCUUUCUACCAGCGUGCGCUAGCAGCAUCAGAAAAUCCAUCUGAACUUGCUCGCCUCGUCAAAAUUCUCCCAAGCAUUAAUCAGCUUGUGUUAACGAAGCUUGUAGCUUUCCUACAGGAUCUGUCUCGCGAAGAGGUUGUGGCGCAUACGAAAAUGGACGCGUCAAAUUUGGCUAUGGUGAUGGCACCGAAUGUGUUGAGAUGUGAGAGCGAAGAUCCUCGGGUUAUUUUCGAGAACACUCGUCGAGAAAUGACGUUCUUGAAAACGUUAAUUACGAGCUACGAUACUUCUCAUAUCAUAGGAGUGGCGUGA